GUCAAUGUCAAAGAUUGUGUAGUUUGGUUUGAUGUUCGAAUAUUUUUCAGAACACAAAAUACAAUACAAAUUGAACCAUUGAACUUGAAUAAAAAACUGCGGUUGGUGCUCAUCUCCAAUAAUUCACGUCGUAGAUAGCGUAAGUCUAUGCUUUAUGAAUCAAUCUGGAACAAAGCUUUCAGAAAAAUGCCGCGAACUACAAGAAAAUCGCUUAAAGUGCUACAGCACAUUGCUGCAGAUACAGAAAAUCUAGUGGGCAGGCCAUCUAAAAAUUUAAAACAUCAACUGAGUCAAGAGACUCCUGUAGAAGUUGAAGUUAAAAGGAAGAAUGUAUCUAAAGAGAAGGAAACCCAGGUCAAUUUGGAAAAUCAAAUUACAGCCAAAGAUCUAACCAGUAAUGACCCUUCUGAAAAAUAUUGGCAAAAGCUAGCUGAGAGACGCCAAAUUGCCUUGCAAGAAAGUUUAGAAGAGAAUGCAAAACUCAGAGAGACUAUUGAAGACUUGAAACAACAGCUUAUUAAAAGCCAACAAAUGCUGGAUGAAGCUAACAGCUUUGUGGAAGUAAUCAAGGAGGAGUUAGCCAACUCACCUACAGAUGACACAGGUAUUGACGUUAAUGACGUCAGCACUGCAGAUGACGAAGCAGACGAUACUGCAGAUGAUAGUGCAGCAGACAACCCUGAAGAUGAUACUGUAGCAGAUGAAACAGAUUUAGAUGCCACCCAAGAAGCUGAAUAAAUAGACCUAUACAUAUAAAAUAUAACUCGUCAGUGAAGUUCUAACAGUGUGUAAGUCAUUUUUGGCAGGUUUUGACAUUUGCCAUUCUAUGAAGAUAUUCACCCGCUUUCAUUCGAACAAUCAGAAUCAUAUUAACGUUUUUUAUUUCGUCAAUAACUUAAUUUUAAAUCCUUAAGGGUCGCUAAUGAAUAUUUUAUAGUUUUAUUACUCUCCUGUAGUCUUUUUUGACUUACGCACUGUUCAACUUCAUUGAUGAAUUGCUGGUUUACAUUUUAAUCAGCUUGCUAGUAUUGGAAGGACCAGCUACUGGAGUGCAGUUAUUCAUAGCUAGCUUAAGGCUAAAGACAGAUCUAGUGGAAUUCCACAAGAAGUGUAAAAUU